AGGGCCCUCUCGAGGCUGAUGCUCGCGGUGCAGCACUGAUGCCUCUUGCGCUUGGACGCUCUGUGAAUCGUGCAUCGCAGAGUUACCCAAGCGGAAGAUUGGCACCGCGUUGCGUUCGCAAGCUUCAAAUCCGUAGUUUGGUAGGUUUCCAUUUGUGGGUUCAUGUAGAAGCUGGCAUUAGGGUGAGGAAUGAGACAGUGAAGGAAAAGAGUGCGUGGAGGAUCGUGAGUGAAGCACUCAACAGAUCGUUACUGCGUGUCGCGUGUGGCGGAUAGUAUUCAAAUCCACCUGUGGUGGGUUUGCGAUUGAUUUAUGUGUCUUUUUACUCUUUUUAUUUUCGUGUUUUGUUUCAAUUUUUCUCCAAUUUUCUAGGUGGGAUUUAAAGUUUUUAGAUUUGAUUUCAUGUGGAUUUGGUUGGGUCAGGGGGAGGCUGGUGUGCCGUUUGUUCGUUGAUAGGGCUGGGUAUGGAGAGUGCCGUGUCUGAGGUGGGGAAAUAGGAUUGAUCUGCGUUUCACGAAAUAUCGUCGACCGUUUUUCGGUGAGAUCCAGGGGUUCUGGUGCAUUCUAGGAAAUCGGAUCAUGUGAGAGUUUGAAGCUGUUGUGUUGCAUGGGAGUCGCUCAUUGAAACGAUUUGCGAGGAUUUGGAUCUUUGAUUUAUCUCGAAGUGAGGAGGUUCAGAUCGCGAUCUCAGUCAAUAUUCAGGACCUUUUGGAGGGCAUUUCUUGGCUUGAUCUGGGAUGAUGUCAACGUAGCGGUUUCUAUCUCUGAGGAUUUGAGUAUUGAGGCAUUAAUUCCUAUUUUAAGGAUUAUAUUCAAGUGCGUGUCACCUCUUGGAGUUCUUUUAAUCGUUCUCAAGGAUUGAGAUGAGCAAGAUAGCUGGGGGUUCUUAGGGUUACUCGUUGCCUAGUUAAAAAAUUAGGAAUACCUGGUAGGUAUGGGAAUCUACGUUCGAGUCAGCUCCGUCGUAGGGCGAAAGGAUGGAGUGAAGUUGUUGAGCAUGUGGAUCGCCAUGUUGGUAGCGGCCUUGCCAGUAUUAACGCCGAGUCUGUUCUCAGCAUCUAGCUGGGAAACAUCUUUAUUUUCAGAAUGGGAGCCUCCAACAGCCAGGCAUGGUGCUCUUUUGGACUCUCUUCAGAAAACAAGACUUCAUGAAACAGAACCUGAAGGUUUAUGGGAUCCGCCAGAUAGUGGAGGGUGGAAGCCCUGUACUCGUCGAAGGGAUGAAUCAUCUCUGCCAGCUUUUACAAACGGAUAUUUGCAAGUAUUUUUGGAAGGCGGCCUGAAUCAACAGCGGAUGGGGAUUUGUGAUGCGGUUGCUGUUGCAAAAAUUCUGAAUGCAACUCUUGUUCUUCCUCAUUUCGAUGUUAAUCCAGUUUGGAAAGACUCCAGCUCCUUCGCAGACAUAUUCAAUGUGGACCACUUCUUGAAUACUUUAGGGUUUGAGGUCAAUAUUGUAACUAAACUGCCUCCCGAAUUUGAAUGGAGCACACGAGAAUAUUAUGCUACGGGCUAUCGUGCUACCCGUGUGAAAAAUGCUCCUGUGCAAGCCUCUCCCGAGUGGUACAUCACAAAUGUAUUGCCCCUUUUGCGCAGCUCUGGAGUAGUUGCAAUUGCCCCAUUUUCACACAGGCUUGCAUUUAAUGAUCUUCCAGACGAGAUUCAGCGUUUACGUUGCAAGGUGAACUUUGAAGCUCUCCGAUUCGUACCGAGCAUUGAUAACAUAGGAAACAUUCUAGUCGAGAGACUGCGAAAAUCUCACGCAUGGACCGUGGAGGGUGAUGACGUUGGGAGCUCUAAAUAUCUGGCUCUACAUCUCCGCUUUGACAAGGACAUGGCCGCUCACUCAGCAUGCGACUUUGGAGGAGGCAAGGCAGAACGAUUAGCUCUUGCAAAGUAUCGCGGUGUUGUUUGGCAAGGGCGUGUUAGUAAUGCCCAGCUUUCGGACAAGGAGUUGCGUGACAAGGGCAAAUGCCCGAUGUCACCUGAGGAGGUUGGUAUAAUGCUGGUAGCGUUAGGCUUCAGCCCAAAGACACAUGUCUACCUGGCUUCAUACACUGUUUACGGGGGCUCUGCAAGGAUGGAUUUUCUACACAAUUUGUUUCCCAACAUGGUCACUAAAUAUACACUCGCCACAGCCGAGGAGCUUGCACCAUUUGCUGGAAAAGCUUCACAACUGGCAGCUAUUGACUACCUCGUUUCUCUUCACAGUGAUAUCUUUCUUUCUGCGUCUCGUGGCAAUAUGCACAAUAGUUUGGCUGCUCAUCGCACGUACUUGAACGUGAGAAAGACAAUAAAACCAGACAUGAACCUGAUGGCUCGGCUUUUUGCGCACAAAAACUUGACUUGGCCAGAAUUCAGAAGAAGUGUGGUUGAAGGCCACAAAAAUAGGAUGGGUCAAGUUGCCCUGCGACAACCUACCCAGUCCAUCUACACCUACCCAGCACCAGACUGUAUGUGUACGAGUAGACGCUCCAUUGCAGAGCAUUCAAAUCUGGACAUGGAUCUGCAGGAAGCCAGAUAGUAGUAACUGCGACAUAGAACAAGCACCAAUGACUUCACAAAUCCCUUGAAGAGCGUCUCCAAAUUGGAAACGCGUGAGGGUCAUGCCUCUGUAUGGUAGACGCACCGUUUACCCAAUGCUAAUUAGGUGAUGAACAUUCCUUUUUUUACAUUUAAACGGUAAUCAUGUAGAUGUGGGUAGUUAGUGCGGCUACCAUACUGAAGACAGCUGAGAUAAUAGCAAAACAUGGAAGCCGGGGGAAUAUAUUUGAAUCCUCUCAAAAAGUGUUUGCUUCACAGAAUCAAGGUUUCUGAGAUAGCUUGAGCAUCGGUUAAGGAGUGUAAAAUAGAUAGAAGAGUAUUGUCAAUUCAAUUUCACUUCAAAAAUAGUGCCAAGUGGUCUGCGUUUUGCACUCCCUUGUGCAUCUCUUUUCAUCUUU